GAGGAACUUAAUUUUUUUAAAGGAUAAGUUUGUGGGAUAAAGUUGUCCCCUGUUUUUAAUUGGAAACUUGGAAGGCCGUUGUGGCUCAUUUUUCUUGUAUUCUCUAUAUAAACAAUUUUGACUCCCACUAGAUUUGUGAUUGUUUAUUUAAGCCAAUCAUGGAAACCCAAAAAGCAUACAUCCCCUGCAGGCUGCAGUUUGAGGAGGAGACAGUAGCUGCGUGGUACUUUCUUGAUCUAUAUAUAUAGGAAAAAAUAAUAAUCCCUAUUAUGUCUACUACUACUACUCUUAGCUUUCCAACCAAACUCCCACAUACUUUAGUCCAUUCUAAGAUACCUAAUAAUGUUUUCCAGAAAAACCAAAUACUAGGAAAUCUCUCCUUUUGUUCCAAGAAAAUUUGUCAAUUGGGUUUCACUUCUCAAGUGAGUAGUAGUCAAGCGAAUAUUGUGUCAGCAAUGGGUGAAGAUUGCAAAUUGGAAGUUAGUUCGAUGAAUAACUCAGAAGGGUAUUCUAAAGAAUUGGAAAUUGCUGUAAGAGCUGUACAUAUGGCUUGCUUGCUUUGCCAGAGAGUUCAAGAAAAUUUGCUGUCAGAAAGCUCUCAGCUUGUCCAUUCUAAGGAUGAUAACUCUCCUGUCACAAUUGCAGAUUGGAGCGUCCAAGCAAUUGUCAGCUGGAUACUGUCUGAGGCUUUUGGCAGUGAGAACGUCUGUAUUGUUGCUGAAGAAGAUGUUGAAGUGCUUUCAACGGCUGGCGCGGUUGGCCUGUUAGAUGCAGUAGUAAGAACUGUGAAUGAGUGUCUAGCCUAUGCACCCCGUUUUGGACUGAAAGGUCCUAGUGCUGAUCUUAAUGCUAAAGCUGUUCUUGAGUCCAUAAAUCGGUGCAGCUUGGCAGGUGCCAGAGGUAGCAAGUUUUGGGUACUGGAUCCUGUUGACGGAACAUUGGGUUUUGUACGUGGAGAUCAAUAUGCCAUUGCUUUGGCAUUGAUAGAAGAUGGAGAACCUGUGCUUGGGGUUCUUGGAUGUCCUAAUUACCCUAUGAAGAAGGAAUGGCUUAGUUAUCAAAAUGGUUAUAGGAGAAUCUUAUCUAGGUUGACCUCCCGUACCUCUGAAUCUUCGGAUAAAGGUUCUGUACUUUAUGCAAUGAAAGGUGGUGGCAAGGCUUGGAUGCAACCGCUACUCUGUGUAAAAAAUAACUUUGUGUGGCCAAACUCUGCAAGGGAAAUCAGAGUAUCCUCCAUCGAUAACCCAGCACUGGCUACGUUUUGUGAACCAGUUGAGAAGGCAAAUUCAAGUCAUUCAUUCACAGCAGGACUGGCUCAUAGUGUUGGACUAAGGAACCAGCCAUUACGUGUAUAUAGCAUGGUAAAGUAUGCAGCCAUUGCUCGAGGAGAUGCUGAGAUAUACAUGAAAUUUGCGAGGGCUGGUUACAAGGAGAAAAUAUGGGACCAUGCAGCUGGUGUUCUUAUUAUUGAAGAAGCCGGUGGAGUGGUGACGGAUGCAGGAGGGAGUCCACUAGACUUCUCGAAAGGUGAAUACUUAGAAGGACUUGAUCGUGGUAUAAUUGCUUGCGCUGGAGCCAAUCUGCACGACAAGAUCAUCCGGGCUGUGGAUGCUAGCUGGAACUCCUCUAGCCUUUAAUCUAUUGUAUGUUACUUAAAUGUUCAGCCUAAAUGUGGUCAAGUGGUUUGCAUAGGGCCAUCUAUGUUGCAAAUACACAAUAAAUGAUACUAGCAUUAUACUGCAACUUUGGGUACUGAUUUAUUGAGCCAUUAAUUCAUUCUUUACAGUAAAAUCAACUUUAAGGCA